CUUGCAGGUGCCGACCCACCCAAGUCCUCCUUCCUUCUCUGGACUUUCCAACCCACCCAAAUUGCUCCCCUCCCCCGUCGCCCUCACCGUCGCGGCUUCGAUCAUGAGCGUCGCCGCCGAGUCCCCGUCGCCGUCCCUGUCUUCCCUCAGCGAAGACGACGAUUUCGCUGACAUCCUGGACGCGGAGCUCGAGCUCGCCUCUGCCGCUGACUCCGCCUCCCCUGGCGAGCCCCCCGGGUCACCCAGCGACGACGAAGAGGAGGAGGAGGACUUGGUGGUCGAACUAGACGCCGUGGGGCAGGGAAGUAACAAAAGGCGUAGAGUGGAGGAACAUCACCAAGAUCAAGGAACGGCAACAAGGCCUGAAGAAGAUGCCAUUGCAGGCUCAGUUAAAGAUGCUGAAAUCAAGAAAUGUCCUCCACAUCCUGGAUAUUUUGGUGGACUAUGCUUUAGAUGCGGGAAAGGCCAAGACGAAGAAGAUGUCCCAGGAGUCGCUUUUGGUUACAUCCACAAGGGUUUGAGGCUUGGUACUUCAGAAAUGGACAGGCUACGUGGAUCUGAAGUGAAGAAUCUGUUGCGUGAAAGAAAACUGGUACUUAUUUUAGAUCUGGAUCAUACACUGAUUAACUCAACCAGACUCCAUGAUAUUUCUGCUGCUGAGAUGGACCUGGGAAUUCAAUCUGCUGCAUCAAAAAAUGAUCCAGACGGGAGCUUGUUCACAUUACAAGGAAUGCAUAUGCUUACAAAGUUGAGACCUUUUGUCCGUAAAUUUUUGGAAGAAGCAAGCAGUAUGUUUGAGCUGUAUAUCUAUACCAUGGGUGACAAGGCUUAUGCAGUCGAAAUAGCAAAGCUUCUUGACCCUGGCAAUGUCUAUUUUGAUUCAAAAGUGAUUUCUAACUCUGACUGCACUCAGCGGCACCAGAAAGGUCUUGAUGUGGUCCUCGGAGCUGACAGUGUCGCAGUCAUUCUUGAUGACACUGAAUAUGUUUGGCAGAAGCAUAAAGAAAACCUGAUUCUGAUGGAGAGAUAUCAUUAUUUUGCUGCGAGCUGUCGCCAGUUUGGUUUUAGCAACCAAUCUUUGUCGGAGAUGAUGCAAGAUGAAAGGGAGAGCGAUGGUGCUCUGGCUACAAUUCUGGAUGUCCUGAAGCGCAUACACACGAUUUUCUUUGACUCGGGUGUUGAAACUGCUCUUUCCUCUCGAGACGUAAGACAGGUAAUCAAGAUGGUGCGGCAGGAAGUACUCCAGGGCUGCAAGCUAGUCUUCAGUCGAGUGUUCCCGUCGGAUUGCAAUCCGCAGGAUCAGAUAAUGUGGAAGAUGGCCGAGCAGCUGGGCGCAGUCUGCUGCUCGGAGCUGGAUCCCAGCGUUACCCAUGUGGUCGCCGUGCAUGCCGGGACGGAGAAGGCCCGCUGGGCUGCUGUCAGCAAGAAGUUUUUGCUCCACCCCCGCUGGAUCGAGGCCUGCAAUUAUCGCUGGCGCCGCCAGCCAGAGGAAGAUUUCCCUGUACCUGGCCUCAAGGAGGACAAGGGCAAGGAAAAGGUUACAGAAGAUGCCACCUGCAAUUGAGUAACUGAGUCGUGUAGAUUUUAUGUACGCAGCUGAUUGACUGAGCCCCAAAAAUGGCUGAUUAUCCGAGAGGUCUUGAUUGACAAGAAGUUUCGUAAGCGUGUUCCUGACAUACAAAGUACUCCAUGUAUAUCUUAGAUUCUUACUUAUUCUCACGGAAUAGGAAGUGCAGCAUUUUAAGAUAUGGUCUGAUUAUCCGAGUAGGUCUGUAGCGACGCAACUAUAUACUGUAUAUCUUAGAUUCUUACUUACUCUCACGGACUAGGAAGUGCAGCAUUUUAA